AUGAAAAGAAGGACAGAACGAGAAUUGGGUCCAGAUCGUAUUAUGAUGUUUGACGUGUGGUCAGUGGCUUGCAUCCUAGUGGAAUUGAAGACGGGUCAGGCGCUCUUUCGUGGUCUCAACCAUAUCGAUCAGGUGAAGCAGAUUAUGAGCAUCGUGGGAACUCCUGAUGAGGAAAUGAUGAAGAGAAUCACUAGCAAUAGUGCUCGAGAAUUCAUUGAGCGAAACUACACGGAGAGGAGGGAUCUCAAGGAGGUCUUCCCCUGGGCUUCACCUGAUUAAUCCGCAACCACACUUCUCGUGAAUACAACUCUGAUCAAGACUAUGGGCGUGGAAUAG